GGCAGAGCUGUAGAAAGGCAGAUAGAGAGAGAGCAGAGCCAGCGGCCCUCUUCAGGAGGGGAGGGGGGCUUAUUAUAACAAAUAUAUACACACAUGUGUGAACUGUACGGCCGCACGAUAGCUCACAUGUGGAUAACAGUAAUUUUAGAAAAGCAUCCAACCUCGGCUUUUACAUUUAAAAUGCCUAUUUUACUUUUCCUGUUAGACACGUCCGCCUCUAUGAAUCAGCGCACUUAUUUGGGUACGACGUAUCUGGACGUUGCUAAAGGCGCGGUUGAGGUCUUUAUGAAGCUGCGUGCCCGAGACCCGGCUAGUAGAGGCGACAGGUACAUGCUAGUUACAUUCGAUGAUCCACCAUACGGAGUGAAGGCCGGCUGGAAGGAGAACCAUGCCACCUUCAUGUGCGAGCUGAAGAACCUGCAGGCAUCCGGGCUGACUACAUUAGGCCACGCUCUCCGCACAGCCUUCGACCUGCUCAACCUCAACCGCCUCGUCUCGGGCAUCGACAACUACGGACAGGGCCGUAACCCCUUCUUCCUCGAACCAUCUGUGAUCAUCACUAUCACUGAUGGGAACAAGCUUACACACAGCUCUGGGGUGCCAGAUGAGCUGCACCUGCCUCUGAACUCUCCACUGGCAGGCAGUGAGCUGACCAAGGAGCCCUUUCGCUGGGACCAGCGGCUGUUUGCGUUGGUGCUGAGGCUGCCAGGAGCAGCCACACCAGACACUGAGCAGCUCGGUAGCGUCCCCACGGAUGAGUCUGCCAUCACCCAGAUGUGUGAAGUCACCGGAGGGCGAUCGUACUGUGUGCGGACACAGAGGAUGUUGAAUCAGUGUCUGGAGUCUCUGGUCCAGAAGGUUCAAAGUGGUGUUGUCAUUAAUUUUGAGAAGACAGGGCCAGAUCCGCCUCUCGUUGGGGAAGACAACUCAGUGGAGUCAAGUCGUCCUGUGUCGUCCUUCAGCCAACAGCCUUGGCACAGUUGCCACAAACUCAUCUACGUGCGGCCGAACCCAAAGACGGGGGUUCCAGUCGGGCAUUGGCCCAUACCAGAGUCCUUCUGGCCGGACCAGAAUUCUCCAACCCUGCCGCCUCGCACUGCACAUCCCGUGGUGCGUUUCUCUUGUGUGGACUGUGAGCCCAUGGUGAUCGACAAGCUUCCCUUUGACAAGUACGAACUGGAGCCAUCUCCGCUCACCCAAUACAUUUUGGAAAGGAAAUCUCCGCACAUGUGCUGGCAGGUGUUUGUUAACAGCAGCGGGAAGCAAAACGACCUGGGACAGCCAUUUGGCUACCUUAAAGCCAGCACCAAUCUCACCUGUGUCAACCUUUUUGUCAUGCCUUACAACUUCCCAGUGCUUCUUCCUCUCCUCGAUGAUUUGUUUAAAGUGCACAAACUAAAACCAAACCUCAAGUGGCGACAGUCUUUUGAGAUGUACCUGAAGACAAUGCCUCCAUACUUCCUCUUGCCCUUAAAAAAGGCGUUGAGGAUGAUGGGUGCACCUAAUCUUAUUGCAGACACCAUGGACUGUGGCCUGAGUUACAGUGUUAUCUCUUACCUGAAGAAGCUCAGCCAGCAGGCAAAGAUGGAAUCAGAUCGUCUAAUCGUGUCCGUGGGGAAGAAGGCUCCCCAAGAAACCGGCAUAAAGGUGAAGAACCACUCCAACUCUCUCUCUCUGGCCCACCGGCGGGACUUUAAGCAGUUGCUGCAGGGCAUCACCGGGGAGGGGCCCCUUCGCCUGGUGGACAUGAACUUUAAAGAGUUUGCUGGCUUCCAGAUCGCCCUGCUCAACAAGGAUCUAAAACCUCAAGCUUAUCGAAAUGCCUACGACAUCCCGAGACGGAACCUUCUGGAUCAACUCACCCGGAUGCGCUCCAAUUUGCUGCGGACGUCACAAAAACUGAUCCGAGGGCAAGACGAAGACUAUCUGCACAGUAUCCCAGUGGCUCAGAUGGGAAACUAUCAGGAGUACCUAAAAAUGAUGACGUCUCCUUUGAGAGAGAUCGACCCCGACCAACCUAAACGCAUGCACACAUUUGGGAAUCCUUUCAAGCAGGAUAAGAAGGGGAUGAUGAUCGAUGAGGCGGAUGAGUUUGUAGCAGGCCCUCAAAGUAAGAAAAGAGGAAUUUCCAACGAUUCCAACUCGAGUACCACUAUGAAGAGAAGGCGGAGCAUGUCCCCGUUACUACGGCGGCCACAGACUCCACCAGCUAGCACCAACCAUGUGGUGGCGGGAAAGAGUGCAGUAGGGGUUCAAGCGCAGCAGAACCCCCUCAAAGCCAUCCCACAGCACAAAGAAGUGGACGGCAACAACGUGGUGGUCGCUGACAGUAACGGUGACGGGGUUCUUGAAUCUGAGUCUGAAUCUGAGUCUGAGUUGGGGGAGAUCUGGCCCGCUGAGAUGGACCCUGUAGCUGAGAGCCCAUCUCCACUGAGCCUAGAAGAGAAGGCCGGGCUGGAAGCAUCAGAUCCAGGAGAGGACAUCGACAUGACGGAGGAAGAUGGGAAGAUAGGACUAGUGGAAGAUAGUCUAGAUGAGCAGCCGCUGGAGGAGAGACACAACUGUGACCGACUGAGUCCACUGAGCCAGCUAGAGGACACUGAAGCUGACCCUGCAGUGCUUGAGACCAUAUUCAUAGCCCCACUAGAUGGCAGCCACGCAGAGCUGAGGAGUCAGGUCAUCAAGGAGGUCCGCAAACCUGGGCGAAACUAUGAUGCAAUACUCGGUCUACUGCAGCAGGUGAAAGGACCAGUUAAUGUUCAAAGGUACUUCAUCCAACAUGCAAUCAAAGAGGCUGUCAGGUUCAAGAAGCGGGUACUGAUCCAGCAGCUGGAGGUGUCCCUCGCUGAGUUGGAGGAGAAGCAAGCAGCGUCCUCACAGCUUCCCAAUGAUCACGGCAGUUAGUGAUGAACCAGAUUUGCUUUGUUACAAGAAAAAGGGAAUGAAGCUCCUAUUUCGUCGACCGUUUCACCACCAUAAAAGAGACGUCCUUGUUGACGAGCCUCAAAAAGACAAAUUGAGGAACUGGAGGGGGGAAAGGACAAAUGCACUGAUAGCAGAUGCUCCCACUGUCCCUGUGCUGUUACAUCACAUCCUGUUAGAGGCGGAGGGUGAGGGGUUUAACUGGCCUUCAGGACGGAUCCACCGAGAAUGAGGAAAGAGACUAAGUAUAAUCCUCUUCAUAUUGACAGAUGCCUUAAACAUCCGUAUGGCAUUGUUCAGUAGACACACACACAGGCACGCACUCCGUUAGACAGAUACACAAUAAGCCAUCAGAUCCUCAAAUGGCCGUGCAAGGGAUACACAGGCACAUUCCUGAUAUUGUUAUUCUCCUAAAACAGACCUUUCUUCAGCUGGUCUGAAAAGGGUUUGUGAGACUGCAACCAUUUUUUUCUAUUAGUUAUAAUAUGUUGUGCAUUCAUGUCGAUUUAUGGCUAACGGGAGAAAUCCGGUCCUCCCAGGUUCACCUCAUAUAUCUGCAGAAAAGAUGCACUGAUGUUUUAUUUUUCACCAAACUCACACUGUAAUCUAAUGUUUUCCUCACCAUAUCAGCUGAUACAGAUAUGCAUUAUUAUUAGGGGCGGGCGAUAUGGAUAAAAUCUACGAGCGAAUAUAUAUAGUUUAUGUUGAUGUAUCGUCAAUUUCCAGGAAAUUCAGUUGAGAAAGAUAAAAUACCCAGAUGUUAAUUUUUGGCGAAUCCAAUCGAUAAAAUACCUGACUGUAUAUUUUGUCAUAUCGCCCAUCCCUAACUAGCAUCUUUCAGUCUGAUAGGCUAAAAAAAAAC